AUGCUGGGGGUGGCAGACCAGAAAGACGCAGCAGGAGAGACAAUUGGAGACCAUGACUUCCAACCAGCUCUGGCUUUGGGCCAAAUCUCAGGUCCUGGCUUUCAUCCCCCAUCCCACAGCAUUAUUUAUGGUGAGGACUUGUGUGUAUGGGGAGGGGAGUCUAGAAGUAGUCUCUCACUUCUACAGCCCAGUGAACUCAAUUCCGCUUCUCCCUUCCUUCUAGCUGCUCGCUCAGAAACCACAUCCAGGGGUGCUGAGGCCCAGCCUGUCACCGCUUUGCGGGUCACAAACCCCAGCAAAACCGCUGGAAACCAGCAGCACCUACACCGGGAGUUGCUGUUCACCCAUCGCAAAGGCCUGAGCCUUCGAUCCAAGCCAGAGCUGCUCCAGGUUCUAGAGCAUCGGAAUCGGUGCCGGGAUGGGUCAGAAAGUGGCUUGAAACCAUCCCCCCUUGAGCAGGAGCUUUUGCGCUGGCAGCAAAGACGGGAACAGCAUCAACAGCAGGAAGCAACAGGGGAUCCUGGGGGGAGCCAACCAGAGUUCGUAAAAGUCCGGGAGAAAUUACGAAGGACACAGCAGCAACGGGAUCCCUCUCCCCAGCAUGCAUCCCCUUCCUUGAUAUCUGUUCCCUUCCCGCGCCUUCCUCACCCCAACAGAAAGCCCUCUCAGGUCCCAGUCAAGCACCCUCCUGUAGCCCUACAGGCUGCGGCUUCACAUCCUCAGAGUUCCCUCAAGGCCUCUACUCUUACCUCAGUCCCAUCAAAACAUUCCCUUGCCAAUAAUACAUGACUGCCUCCCACCCAUGUCCCUGCUACCAAGAAUGCUUCACCAGGUGGCUUACACAUAACAUCAAGCUGUAAUGUGUUCAUUUUGAGGUUAGCAGCUUAUUCAACAACCCUGGUUUAAAAACUUGGCUUAGCGUUACAUGGGAAUGCAGCUCCUUGCUCCUGUUCUUUCAGAUUUGGGGAGGGAAUCUCAGAAGGAUGUGAACUUUGUCUCCACUCCCAAGUGUGAAAAUAGAAAGGAAAAAGGUUGGCCCAGUGUGUGAAUUCCAUUUCUUUCUUUUUAGCGGUCUAUGAAAGAAUUUUUAAAAAUCCCAUAAACACUUAAAAAAAGA